UUAUCUUUUUUUGAUUCCCCCGCCAUAGAUGCAUGCUUGCCUCCCAUCAACAGCUGUGGUUCUGUGUUUGGUUACAACCGGGGGGCGCCCUCGCUGUUGCGUUACAUCCGGGGGGCGCCCUCGCUGUUGCGUUACAACCGGGGGGCGCCCUCGCUGUUGCGUUACAACCGGGGGGCGCCCUCGCUGUUGCGUUACAACCGGGGGGCGCCCUCGCUGUUGCGUUACAACCGGGGGGCGCCCUCGCUGUUGCGUUACAUCCAGGGGGCGCCCUCGCUGUUGCGUUACAUCCGGGGGGCGC